CUAGCAAAGCUAUGCUUGUGUAGAGAAAUAAAGUGAUAGUUGACUUAGCUAGCGUAUAGCUAGGUAACUAACGUUCAUUUGGCUGCCUGGCGCUCGCAUGCUAAAUUUUGACAUUUACUUUUAUGUUGACUCUGCAAUCAAAGUCACACAAUGUUAAGAAGUGCGAAUAACGAUAGACGUAUUAUUUAAAAUGCACCAAUUACGGUUUGAUAUAUGUUUGUAGCAACCAGCUAGCGACAUGUCUCUUAGGCUAGUAACGAUUUGACCAAUAUGUACUCUGGAAUAACGUCAGGUUAGUGAUCGACCACAGCCUGCUAACGGUGUACGGUUAACUAUCUCAGUACUGUGACAUUAAGGCUGUAACGUUAACAGUGUGAGUGUGCAGUCCUCCUUGCCAAGGAAGGAGAGGCACCAGGGACCAUGAGUGAGAAUGGCCCUCAUACAGGGGCGACUAUGUACUUUGAGGUGGAGGUGGAUCACCUGGGGCGGGACGACGAUGAAGAAGAAGAAGACAAGAACCACUUUGACAAAGACAAUGACCUGAUCCCUGAGCCUUCAUCAUCCUCUGGUCGGGUGUACGACCGCACCACAGUGCUCAUUGAGCGGGAUCCCAUCCGGCUAGACGAGGAGGGCGAAGAGGAGGGUCACUGUGGAGGGGACGAAGAUGGGGUCACCUUCCUCACUGAAGGGGAAGGUGAUGGAGAUGAGGAGGAGGGCUCUCUGGCCUUUAUGACUGACCCUGAUGGCAUGUCACAGGGUUAUGUGCACCACACCAUUUCUCCAGACCAGAUCCAGUUCACAAUAAAUCCAGGCUCUACCCCCAUGCCACGCAACAUAGAGGGGGCAACCCUCACCCUGCACUCUGAGUGCCCAGAGACCAAGCAGAGAGAGGUGAAGCGCUACCAGUGCAUGUUCGAAGGCUGCACAAGGACGUACAGCACGGCGGGAAACCUGCGGACACACCAGAAGACACACCGGGGCGAGUACACAUUUGUGUGCAAUCAACAGGGCUGUGGAAAGGCCUUCCUCACCUCUUACAGCCUCAAGAUCCAUGUCCGUGUGCAUACCAAGGAGAAACCAUUUGAGUGUGAUGUGCAAGGCUGUGAGAAGGCCUUUAACACGUUAUACAGACUUAAAGCACACCAGAGACUUCACACAGGCAAGACAUUCAACUGUGAAUCAGAAGGAUGCACGAAGUACUUUACCACACUCAGCGACCUGAGGAAGCACAUUCGCACACACACUGGGGAGAAGCCAUUCCGGUGUGACCACGAUGGCUGUGGCAAAGCCUUUGCUGCAAGUCAUCACCUAAAAACACAUGUACGGACACACACAGGGGAGAAGCCAUUCAACUGUCCCAGUGAUGGCUGUGAGAAGACUUUUAGCAGCCAGUACAGUUUGAAGAGUCACAUCCGGGGCCACGACAAAGGACAGCCCUUCAGCGUCACCCUCACCCAUCCACUGUCCGAAGAUGCAAAUCACUCGCUGUGCCUCAGUGACUUGAGCCUCAUCUCUACAGACUCAGAGCUUCGAGAGAACAUCCAUAAUGCUCAAAAUUUGGACCUCAGCAAUGUGACCCCUGUGAAAAUAUUUGAGCUCAUGUUCCAGAGUCCUGAAAAUAGUGUCAGCCAAGAUGAUGGCCAUCCCAACGAGAGCCUUGCUGAACCCUUCAGCCUAGAGACCUCUACCCAACCGGUAGUGACUGAUGCCUCGUCUCUCAUCUCUUUCUCUCUCAAUCCUACCUCCUCAUCUUCCUGUUGCCACACAACUGCAGUCAUGGAGGCUCCUUCCCAGCUCAGUCAGAGCUCACCCUCUCAGGCCUCCACCCCUGCCUCUGUCACCGCUACUGUCAGCUCCGCACAGCCUCCCCCUUUCGUGCAACUAACCGGGCCUCAGCAGACCUCUGAUGUGCCUGCACAGGCUUCUGUCCGAGCACCAAACCAUGUCACCCCCCAGCACUACGUGGCACUGCCACCUACAUUCCUGCAGCCCGAUAGUGCCACACAGACCACUCCUCUACCACCACCCAUCUCCGCUCCUCCUCCAGUGGCUCCAGCACAGACCACCACAGCACCAGGCCCUGCUGCUGUGUCUGUUGUUGCAGCCACCACAACAGAUGCUUUGGCAGCUGUGGCUCAACCUGUGCCUUUGGCCAACAACCCUGUCCCCAACUCUGGCCCUGGUUUGCCUGCCACUCCUGCCACCAUCACCAUAGCACCCACCCAGAACCUGCUGCAGCCCAGCCUGGUCAUGUCUGACCAGAACCUCCAGUGGAUCCUCAGCAGUGCUGCCAACAGCCAGCAGAACCCAGAGCAAGCACCACAUCAAGGAGCUCCAAAAGUGGAAAAGGUUUUCUUCACUACAGCUAUACCAGUGGGAGGAAAUGCUGGCAGCUCAGUCCAACAGAUCGGCCUCAGCCUGCCGGUCAUCAUCAUCAAACAGGAGGAAUCCUGCCAGUGCCAGUGUGCCUGCAGGGACUCUGCUAAAGACAAGAGUUCAAAGAGUGCCUCCUCCAUUGUUUCGGCCCCAGCACAGCCGCAACCAUCAGAGCCCGCUCCUCCCCCACCGUCACAACCCCCAGAGCCUCCACACCAUCCGGCCACCUCAUCUUCCUUGUGCUGCCUCCCUGAGUCUUCCUCCAAGGUGGGUGGUGAGGUGAGGCUGGAGGCCCCCUCUUCUUCCUCCUCCUCAGCUCAGACUUUCUCCACGAUAGUGAGCAGCACUGCCACCAACCCUCCCUCAUCUGAUGGGUUAGCCAAUAUGGAUGUCUCGGACUUCCUCUCCCUGCAGAGCCCUGAGACUGCUGCCAACAUUGAGGCUCUGCUGCUGGUCGCCGAUGACUUCAACAUGGCCACUGAUGGCAAUUCUUAGAAGAGCUGCCUUCUGAGUCUGGCACCAUGUGUUUGUUUGUUGCACCCACUCAUCCACAGGCAUCAAUUCCACCCACAUCGCGAGUUAUUCUCCACAGUGACGCCUCUUCUUUCUCCCUAUAUAGUGUGUGCAUCGAACCCCCUGUACCUGCAGUGCAUUCUCGUUCUGUAUGGCAUUGCGCAACGUAUAUACACGAACUAUGAAUCAUUUUUCUGGUGAGACUUGCAGUAGUUGAGUUUUUAAAAACAGGAUUAGUUUGCUUAUUGAGAUUUAGCAAUGUUGAUGCUAUUUAAUGCAGGGAAAAGGCAGCAGAUCCUUUGUUAUAAACAUAAUCAAAUGUGUAUAUAUAUCCCUUGAUAUCCACUCUGAAUUGGUUCAAUGAAACAAAUGAGUGUUGUCCAAGCACUGAUAACUUAAGAGUUCCAUUUUCCUAGCUUGAAGGUCACACACCUGAGCAGGAAAACAAAACUUGUCUGUAUAUCCUUGUACUGUACUACAGGUCCGAACAAAUCCUUAAAGCUGGUAUGCAACUGACCAGAAUGCACUGUAUAUUAGAGGAAUUUGCUAUAAUUUUAUCAAGCAUUGCUCCCAGUAGGAAUUUGAAAGGGUUGGCCACGUAGCCCCUCAUAUGGCUGUCAUACAAUAAGAAGUGAUUUCCUCAGUAUUUUUAUUUCCUACGAAGACUAGUGUAGUCCAGAAAAUGUGAUGAUUCUUUUCUACUUCUUUUGACAGUUAUUUACUAAUUGAAAAAAAAAAAAACCUGUGACCAGAUCUGCCUGAAAUUAAGUCAAUACGUUAAGUUGCCUAUAACUUAAACUAAUUUAAAAUUGUACAUGUUAAUUUAUUUAAAUGCUUGAUUCUUUCAUUAUACUGGUAAUAUUAUCUUCAAGAUUGCAGAGAAAUCUAUUAAUUUAUUCCAAUCACUUGUUGUAUUUUUAAGUUGAGCUGUUUGUUACUGAAUUGCUUUUUUUAUUUUUUAUUUUUUUUAAAGGACGUAAUAGGUAUUGCUAAAAGCAAGUUUGAGGAAAGAGGCACCAAUAGUUAUAGACUGCACAGUGAAGCAAAUUAUUCUCUACGAUCUGCUUGUUUGCAAAAAUUGUCCUCAAUGAAACAGUAAGGAACUACUGUCAACAUCCCAUAUUUUAUAGGGUUGUGACCCUCUCAGGGAUGCAUCAAGUCAUAACUGAUCCCCUUAAUUUGUUACUGAGACAUGUUUUUCUUACCAGAUGCCCCACACUUGCAGCAGCCCUACAUUUUGCUGCACUCUUCCCUGUUUAUUGCACACUAACUUGUAAAGUGAGUAAUCUGACAGCUAAUGUUAGCUGAGGUGCAGCACCACUACAUACUUUUGUAUACAACUGCUGUAAAGUAGCAUUUAAAAGAUGGUGUCCUGGCGACAGUGUAAAUACAAUACACUUUAGUGUAAACAUCUUUGAGAAACUUGUAGAUUAUUCUAGAAUUUGUAUUUUUGUAUAGACUUUUGAAUUACUAACUCUCAGAGUUUGGAGCUUAUGUAUACCCUCUAUCCUUGCAUUCUUCCCCCAGUCACAUUUAUGCAGAAGAGUUUUUGCUGUGUGUAGUUAAAUGGUUCUACUAGCAGAUGGGCUUUUGUACAGUCCCCAUAAUAACAAAAUAUAUGUAACACACAGCCUCUUGCUCGGAGUAUAAUUUAACAGUAUUGUUUCACAUGGGACACAAUGCAAUGAUGAUAGAGUGAAGGCAUUAUGCCCUGUAUACUAAGAGUGUAGAGCUACUUGGCCUUACAACAGAACUGUUCUAUGAGCCUCCUUGCCUUGACAGUCUCUGCUUCAGACUUGCCAUUGACAUGCCAAUACACUCAUCUUCACUGAGUCUCAGGCAAUCACAAUAAGGCAAAAGCAUUGAGACAGAAAAGCUUAUGGUUUUUCCUCGAAUCUGUAUUGUUUUCCAGCUGUGUGUUUGGAAUUGAUAUGCAGCAUUUCUAAAAAAUAUAAUUACCACAUAACAGAUGCAGGUGAUGUGAUUCUACAUUUUAGGUCCAAGCUGUAGGAUCUAACCAAACUGACAACUCAUGUCUUGCUUUGUUCCCCCCUUUUGCCAUAAUUUACGAGUGGAGCUUUCCCCUCGAUUCACAGGUGCCAAGACCGCUGUUAGAUAUGUUGUGAAAGGCUCCAGUCACAUGUUGUGCUCUAAACCAUUCCAUAUAUGCAGUAUUAGACAUCUGGAGGGUCGCUGCUUGGCGCCGUUGGAUUACAAAAUGUUAAUUUAACUCACCAUUUUCCCUGUAAAAUUACUGCCAGGAGUCAAGCUCAUACCAUCAAUAUAUAUUCUCAUACAUGCAUACUGUCAUUUAACACAACUAUGCAAUUUUAAGUGUGGCAUUCACAAGUUUUAAUACUGAUUCCAAGACAAAAAGAUUAUUUAUUCCUCCCGUCAUUAAAUUGCGCAGAGGCAAAAGUUGCCUUUCCAAUGCAUACAUGUUAAGCAUGCUUCUUGUACUCCAGUAAUCUGCAUUUCAUAUUUGGAGUGGUGUGAAUCUGGACUUUACAGUGUGUCCUUAAUGUUGCACCACAACCAUCCUUUUACAUGCUGUUUAAAACCAACUUGAUUUGUUUGAAUGAGUACUUAAAGAAUGAAUGAUUCUGUUUUAAGAAUUAUUUUGGUCAAAUGUACGCAGCUUUUCCUUUUUACACUUUAUGCAUAAACAUGUUUCAUUUGGGCUCCAUUUAUAGUCAUCUCAGCCUUUCACAUAUUUAAAUUUGACAUGUGGAUAAUCUAUUGGCCCAUCUUCACCAAUGAAAGUCAAACUUACAGCUGCCGAUAUGUUUUAAUCAAUAAGCAGAGAAACUUUUUGACUUGUGGGCCAGGUUUCUUUCUGGAGUUUACCUGAAAUGGUAAUGUCAGCAAAUCACUGAUGGUGACAUUUGUUUGGAAGCACAUUGUUUGAUCACAAAUGUAUAGCCAGAGUGUUAUUGGAAAUUGAGAAUUUCUGCCAUCAACAUUUUUCCAAAUGGGCAAUAAAAAAAAAAAAAAAAAAAAAAAAAAGGGGGGAUGACUAUAUGCUUCCAAAGGAAUGUCUCAACACCCAAAGAGUGAGGAAUUGUUAAGGAUUUGUAUUUUUAAAAGAAUGUAUAAUGUGAAAGUGUUUGCUUAUGCUUGUUUCGUAUAAAGUAUUAUGAUAAAUAACUUUCUGAAUUGAGAGCAAUAUAAUACUAAUAAAACCUUAUCCUUGUCACUGAAA